UAGAUUAGUAAACCACUUAUACUUCAACUAACAUAUUUAACAAAUUAUUAUCCGAACUUAGGAAAAUGCUUCCUCAUUUGUUAUAUAAACCGUAUGAUAUUGUGAAGAAAAUGAGCAGUGGAGAGGUUUGGGACGUAGAACGGUAUAAAGCAGAACACGAAUGUGAUGAACAUUGGGAACUUAGGCGCAAAUUUCUCAUAGCACAUAAGGAUAAAUUUCCAGAAGACGAACUUGUUUGUUUAGCUCAAGUAUUCGUGAAUGUCGAAUUACUUGGGUGCAGAUAUCCGAAGGAGACAAUGCAGUUAGUUGCAGUCCUAGCUCAAGAUAUUGUUAGCGAAUACAGAAAUAAACAGAAAAAUAAAGUACAAAGAAAAUUCAUAAAAGCAUCUGAUGCUGCUAAUUUAAAGGUUACAGGAAAUACAGCUUCAACAUCUGUCAACAUAACUGAAACCUCAACACAAUCACAAAGUACAAAAUCAUAUCAUAAUUUAAAGUCUAACAAUAUACCUAUCAAACGAAGGAAAUUAGAGGAACCUCCAUUUGGUGAUAUUGUUAUAAUAGAAAGACCUGGAGAUAUACCACAAAAUACACUUGCUUGUGCAAUCCAUGCAUCAGGUGGAAAUUUAGAAUGGAAAUUCGAUAAGAUUAAGGAUUCUUUCAAAUGCAGUAUUUUUGUCAAUUCAAAAUUGUUAGCUGAAGCAAGUAAUUCUAAUCAAAAAUCAGCAAAGAAAGAUGCAUCUAUUAUUGGAUUACAUGAACUACAGAAGUAUUACUAUACAAUUAAGAUUAAACAGAAUAUAAAUACAAAUGCCACUGUAACUACAACAACAAUGGUAAAAGAUACAUCAAAAAAUGACUCUAUUUCUGAUGACAAUAUUGGAAGAAAAUUAAUGAAAUUAAUGGGUUGGUCUGGUGGUGGUCUUGGUAAAUCACAACAAGGAAUAAUAGAACCUAUAAUGAUUAAACAGCAAAUUAAUAGGGAAGGUUUAGGAUUAAAGCCAAAUUUUUGUUCUAUGAAUGACUUAAAAUUUAAAUGUAAGGAUAUCAUGACAAGGUAUCUCACUGGUGAUAUGAGAAAUGAUUUAGUAUUUUCUGCUGAUUUUACAAAUGAUGAAAGAGCAGUAAUCCAUCAAGUUGCAAGGCAACUGAAUUUAAAAUCAAAUAGUUAUGGUGCUAAAAAUCAACGAACAUUAGUAGUUUCUCGAAAAAUAAAUGUACGAGAUUUAGUCGAAGAACUAAAAUGUCUUGGGGGAGUUACUAACAAAUAUCAGUUAAUUAAACCAACUGGACAGUAAAUAAAAUAGUAUGUGCUUUUUUCUAUAUACUAUGCAAAUUUUAUGCCUAAAAUACCAUAAAAAUAUACAUUAUUCCAAUAUUACUACUGUUAUCGUUUAUUCAGUUUUUGUUAUUCAAG